AUGAAUCAAACUUGUCAAUUAUUGAUCUCUAAUAUUACUUCAGGUUCAAUUCAAUUCAGUUUACAUACUUCACUGAUAUUUUUUAAUCAAACAUUAAUAUUACCUCAAAUUAUAAAUGAACUAACAACAAUACCACCAGCAGUUUAUGUUGAAUAUCUAUGGUCAUUUGAUUCGACAUACAGUGAUACCACAUCAACAUUUCAUGGAAUACCAGUAAAUAAUGCGGGCUUUAGUUCAACAACUAUUACAGGUUAUGGUUCUAGUCUUUCUCUAAAUAUAGCAUUUAAUCAAUCGGUGAUCAUAGACACACCAUAUCUAAAUCUAUCUCAACAUUCAUGGACAUUCGAAAUAUGGGUUUAUCCGAAUUCAUUGUUGGCUUCGAAUGAUUAUCCGAUUGUUACUCAAUGUCUGACAUUGACUACAGACAAAUGUCUUCAUUUCACAUUGCGAAAUCAAAAAAUGUAUUUAGGUUUUUAUGGUGAUGAUCUACAAGGCAACAAAACAUUAACGGUAUCAAAAUGGUCUCAUAUCACUUAUGUCUUCGAUAACAGCAGUCGUAAUCAGUCUGUUUACUUGAAUGGUGUAUUCGAUAGUAGUCGACAAUCAAGCGGAUAUUAUGUGGGUGCUCCGACAGGUUUGAUGAUUGGAAGAAGAAAUGAUACGCUUUAUAGAUUUUUUGAUGGAUUCAUCGAUCAACUUCAUUAUACUAAUCGAGCAAAAACAUCAAGUGAAAUUCUUGAUGAUGCUACUCUAACAUUUUAUUUUUCGUUUGAUAACGGAUCAAUUUAUGAUAGUGGUCCACUUAACAUAAAUGGAUCUAUUUUUGGUUCGACAAGUUUUGUUACUGGACAUAUAGGUGAUGCUCUACAAUUGGGUUUAUCUUUCGAAUCUUAUUUUUAUAUACCGAGGUUGGUACUCUUGGGAACUUCUAAUCAACCCUAUUCGAUGUCAAUUUGGAUUAAGCCAGCUGUAAUUAAUAGUUCUUCUAUAAUACAUGUGUCGUCCGGAAACAAUGGUAGUGGUUACUGGUGUCUUGGAAUGCUUGAUCUGAGUUCAUCAGGCCAAUUAAUUGCAUCAUCCUAUGGAAACAGCUCGAUCUCUAUCAAUGGACCUACGUUAUUACAGAAUAAUUGGAGUCAUAUAGCAAUAACCUACAGUUUAACUAAUGGACUUCGUCUUUAUGUCAAUGGGACACUGGUAAACUCGACAACUCCAUUUUCAUAUGUUGCCAGUGGCGUUCCAAGCUUUAUGUUUUUGGGAAAUCCCCUUGCCGGCACCACGUGUAAUGGUGCACAGAAUCAAUUUUUUGGCGCUCUCGAUGAAUUUCGACUUUAUUCGAGAGAACUAACGACUUCUGAUAUUUUAACAUUAUCUAACCUUUGA